AUGACUGUCACAAAGCUCCCCUUCCACGCCGACCACAUCGGCUCUCUCAUCCGCCCUGAGGCGCUGUCUCGCACCCAGGAGCAAGCCGAUGCCGGCCAGGUCACUGCUGAGCAGCUUGCUGCGACGCAAAAGGCUGCUAUUGCCGAUAUCGUGAAGAAGCAGCAGGAGCAUGGAGUUCGCGCUAUUUCUUCCGGCGAGUUUGAUCGCAAGUACUACUUCUCUGGCUUCUUUGAGCGUCUAGGGGGUUUCCGCGAAGUUGAACCUGUUCCCUGGGAUCUUGUCCGUCUCUCUGCGCCUCCCAUUGCUGCACUGAAGAAGGCUGGUAAGCAGUAUCCCAUGGCUGCUCUUUGCGAGUCCAAGAUCGAGUACAAGAAGAGCCCUUACCUCGAGAACUGGAAGAUGCUCCGCGAGUGUGUUCCUCGUGAGCAGUGGGCUGAGUGCAAGUUCACCAUGCCUCCUCCUUGCUAUUUCCACCUGCGACUUGCCUCUGGAAAGUGCUACAGCCCUGAGGCCUACUCUAACGAUGAGGACUUCUUUGCCGAUUUGGCCAAGGCUUACCGUCAGGAGUUCAAGACUUUGUACGACGAGGGCGUGCGAAACAUCCAGAUCGAUGACCCCACUCUCGCCUACUUCUGCUCCGAUGAGAUGCUUCAGUCUCUGAGAGACGAGGGUGUUGACCCUGACAAGCUGUUCGACACUUACCUCAAGGCUCACAACGAUGCUAUUGCCGACCGACCUGAGGGUCUCCACGUCGGACUUCACGUCUGCAGAGGAAACUUCUCCAAGUCUAUGCACUUCAGCGAGGGUUCAUACGAGAAGAUCGCCGAGAAGUUCUUUACCGUCCUCAACUACGACACCUUCUUCCUCGAGUACGACAACCCUCGUUCCGGCGGUUUCGAACCCCUCCGCUUCCUCCCCAAGCACAAGAACGUCGUUCUCGGAGUCAUCACCACCAAGGAGCCUGAGCUCGAGGAUGCCCAGGUCAUCAAGCACCGCGUGCUCGACGCUGCCAAGAUCAUCGCUGACGGUCAGGGUCGCAGUCUCGAGGAGGCUCUUGAGCAGGUUGGCAUCAGCCCUCAGUGCGGUUUCGCUAGUGUCGCUGUCGGCGCUGAGGGUAUGACUGAGGAGAAGAUGUUUGCCAAGCUUAAGCUUGUCAACGACGUUGCUAAGGAGAUCUGGCCUGGCAAGGCUUAA